GCUCCAGUCCAGCUGGCGGCGGUAAUGCUCCUCUAGGAUGGUUUGUCAACCGCCAAAUAAAAGAAGAAGAAGUAUCCGGCUUUGGUGGUGUAUCCGGACAAAUUUAAGCUAACGUUACCCAGAAUACAAAAUUGUAAAUGAACUGCUGUAAACUAUGAGAUUGUUUGACAUGUUUGGCUGAUUUGGUCGAUGGAUGGAGCAGUAGUCUGCAGUGUUGCAGUGACUUCAUUCUACUAGUUGUGUCUACCUAGUCAACUAUUUUGUUACAUAUGGCAGGGGCAGUUCAUUGUUAGCCUGCCUUUAGCCAUGCUCUCAGACUCCGCUUUCGCUUAUCUUCUGGGUUGCGGCUUUUCUUGCGACAGGGACCACAACUACUAGCUAGCUAGGCUAGCUAAGCAUAUUUCUUUUCGGUAUUAGCCUUUUUGUGUUCUUUAAUUUGUGCUUUAGCGUUUUUUUGGACCUUUAAUUUUGUGUCAUAGCGGCGUUUUGGAGAAAUUGCACCUUGUAAAUUUCUCUAUUAGCUUAGUUAGCAAGCUAGCCAACCGGCUGACUUUGUGGAAACGUCCUUUUUUCCUGAUGACAUUUAAAUUCAUGUUGACGUUGCCUUGACCCGGCCAGUACACUCCGUAAACUCAAGAAGGCCUGUCUUCGUCUAACGUUUUUCACCACCCAGUCAAGAACCGGAGCUUUAAUUUCUGUGGUUUGUGGGGUAUUUUUGCCUGCCACGAUGGCUUCUUCAUCUGGAAACGACGACGACCUCACCAUCCCCAGAGCUGCUAUCAACAAGAUGAUUAAAGAAACUCUCCCUAACGUACGAGUGGCUAACGACGCCAGGGAGCUUGUGGUUAACUGCUGCACAGAGUUCAUACACCUCAUAUCAUCAGAAGCCAAUGAAAUAUGCAACAAGUCCGACAAGAAGACAAUAUCUCCUGAGCAUGUCAUCAAUGCCUUGGAGAGCCUUGGUUUCGCAUCAUACAUCACGGAGGUGAAAGACGUCCUGCAGGAGUGUAAAACUGUAGCUCUGAAGAGGCGGAAGGCCAGCUCUCGACUGGAGAACCUGGGUAUCCCAGAGGAAGAGCUCCUAAGACAACAACAGGAAUUGUUUGCCAAGGCGCGGCAGCAGCAGGCAGAGCUCGCCCAGCAGGAGUGGUUACAGAUGCAGCAGGCCGCCCAACAGGCACAGAUGGCAGCAGCAUCUGCCAGCGCCGCCCAGCAGGCCGGCUCAUCUCAGGACGAAGACGAAGAGGAAGACAUGUGAUCCCAGGACGGCGUUCUACUCCUCCAAAUCCCUUCCCGGGACAGUGUUUGCACACAAAUCCCCCAGUGAUGUCAUCGGCAGAGACAUGAGGCGUGUUUGACCGCUGCUAUACAUCAGUGUAACAUGGAUAAUGCACAUUCGAAUGGACACUGAAGAGAAAGAUGAAGGGGGAUUUCAAGAUAGCCACACGUUCAGACACCAGUACCUGAAAAUAAUUUGGAUUGAGAGGCUGUUAAUGAAGUUUUUGAUCAGUCUCAUCUUACCCCUUGUUUUCCAGUUGCUUCUGUUUAAUUAUGUCUUGAUAUUAUGUUGUGAGUAAUUGGUAGAUUUCUGGAUGUGUUGUGGACACUGAAGGCAGACAUUGCCUGGAAUGUCAGUGAGUUUAUGGUGAUAAUGCAGCAAGUGUUCGCUCCUUCAGGUACUGCACCAGAUGGCUUACUUAUGUUAUCCGUUGUACUAGAUCACUUUCGGUGGUUUAGGAGAACUGCUUUAGAAUGACUUCAGAGCAGUCGAUUUCUCCUUUCUUGUGGUUUGAUGGUCACUUUUACAAAAAGGGUCUUCUCUAACCCCUUUGGUAUAUUUGUUCAACAGAUAAUCAUUUGCGGGGUUGUGAAUAUAGGAAUUGUAUUUGUUAAGUAGAGAAAUAAAUGAACCUUUUGGUUAAUUUUUAGCUCAUUCAGAUACUUAAUGUUGCAUUUCCUUUCUACCUUGAACCACCCACAGUAUUGCUAAUUAGCUACACCUUUCAGAAAACGGUAUAUUUUUGUCUCAUAGAACCAAAGAUAGAGGACAGACUAACGGCCCAGAGGUAGAGUUUUUUUAAAGGUGUAGGUGCUACUGUGACUGUCGUCGCUGGCUCUAGGUCAGUGUCAACAAUGUUAAGGAUUAUUAACCUAUGACUUUGUAAGAUGCUUUGAUAUCCAGGCUGAAUUUGUUAUUUCCCUUCUCUUCGGGUGCAGUAUCAAACAUUUGCAUUGUGACUGUGGUCAAUCCUCAGUGUAAAGACAAGUAACCUAGUUGUGAUACACAUUCACUCGCCUAUGCUACAAAGUUGUAUUCUUUAAGCAAUAAAGGAAUCACGUUUUAUA